CAUCGAUAUUUUUCUGCAAGGCGCAAGCCUGUUUCAAUUUACAAACAGUCAAAAAAGUUACAUUGCAAGAGGUGGAUGUGUGUGUAGUUACGAAAAACUUUUAAUUAAAAUCACUUAAGAUGGCUAAGUGGUGGAAUUGGAUUUUAGUUUUAGCUUUAGUGUGUCUAACGCUCGUGGCUAUACCGCUUACCUACCCCGGAUACGAGACUAAAGAGGAAAUACGAUCAAUGUUCGACAAAUACAUCCAGCAGUUUAAUAAAACAUAUAAAAACAAUACCGCCGAAUAUGAAACGAGAUUAGGGCACUUCGUGGCUUCAGUACAAGAAAUAGGCAGACUGAACAGCUUAUCAAGAGGUCCAGAGGAACACCGAGCCAAAUUUGGCUUGACGCCGUUAUCUGACAUGUCAAAAACGGAAUUCAUAGACAUUCACCUAUCAGACGAGAAACCUCAUCACCAUAGAAACAAAAGUUUGGGCAAGAGUUGGAGCAAAACUAGAGCAAAAUAUAAUGCUGGUGAAAAUCAUAAUGACACACCAAUGUUUGAUGAUGAUAGGCCAGAAAUUGAUAAUGAAGAUGACAUUGAUGUUAAAAAUUCUCAUCAUAACAUUUACAUUAUUAUUAAUAGGAAGAAAAGAGCAGCGCUACCAUUAAAGAUUGAUUGGAGGGAGAGAGGCGUGAUAGGUCCGGUACAGGACCAGGGACUUUGCGGAGCGUGCUGGGCCUUCAGCACCAUUGGAGUCAUGGAAGCAAUGGCGGCUAUCAACAGCGGGAAGCUCAGCAGUCUUAGCGUGCAGGAAGCGAUCGACUGUGCAGGCUUAGGUAACGGAGGCUGCGCUGGCGGCGACAUUUGUCUGCUUCUCGAUUGGUUACUGAUGACGGACACAGUUGUCCAGGCAGACAACGAGUACCCGCUGCGAUUGACCAGUGGAGUGUGUCAGAAGAAGACCAACGCGACCGGCGUUCGUGUUCAGAAGUUCACUUGUGACGAUCUCGUGGGAUCAGAAGAUAAGAUCAUCCAGUCGAUAGCCACCCACGGGCCCGUGACGGUCGCUGUGAACGCUCUGACGUGGCAGAACUAUCUCGGCGGGGUCAUUCAAUACCAUUGCAGUGGCAGUCCCAAGGAUCUCAAUCACGCAGUACAACUUGUAGGCUACGAUUUGACCGCCGAGGUGCCUUACUAUAUCGCCAAGAACUCUUGGGGAAAGAGUUUCGGCGUCAACGGAUACAUACAGUUGGCGAUUGGUUCCAACAUAUGCGGGUUGGCCAACGAGGUCGCUACUAUCGACAUUAAGCCGUAGGACCUUCGAUCAGUAAUGUAUUAGAUAUGCAGUCCUAUAAAAAAUCUAGCAGAAAAUGUGUCCGGUCUUUAAGUAUUACGAAUGGUUAUCCGUUGAGUUUUUAACAAUAUUCUAUCUCAUAUAAAUUAAGUUACAAUAUUACAAAUAUUUAAUGAGAGAGUUGUUCCAAGUUUUAUAUCAGAUGAAGGAUCUUAAAGUGA